AUGGCACCAGACGGAAUACAAACAAAACGGACAAAAAAAGUAGAGGAUGAGGGCGGAUCACACUUUCUGAGCUCUCUGUGAGAUUUAAUAAGAAAAAGAAGUUUUUAGUGAUUGAACGGAGACUUUCAGAUUUCCAAUGUCGGCUGCGAUCGCCAUCAGAUCAGCGAGUGCUUCGUACGCGAGAUUCUUUGAGGAACGCGUCGAGUUCACUUCCGUUGUCUACUCGUUCGAGCACCUGAAAGAUGGCGUCGCGAUGCUCGAAGACAACCUCGAUCCGUUCGAAGCGAAGAACAUCCACUUCGUAAGCCUUUUCCAAUAAUUCACCUUCUCUCUCAUUUCCAGCUCCCUCUUACUCUUCAUCUCAUCCGGUUUCUAUUGAAUUCUGCGCCUUCUCUAAUUCUCCCUAUUUUUAUACUUCUCGAUGUUUUCACUGCGUGGAUGACGUCACGAGCUGCAGAGAUUGUCUGGAGUCGAAUUCACAAAAAAAGUGAUGGACAAAGGAUCGGAGCCCUGGUUUUCAGUCUUUACGCCUUCAACCCGAUCACAAUAAUCUCCACCGGGAUUCUCUCGUUGACUGUCAUUCAAAACUUUGCGCUUGCAGCUGUGUUCUUAUUUUUUGUUACAGGUUUUAUUGAAUUUCUUUAAAAACUUACGAUGUCGCUGCUCUCAUUCAGAUCGUCCCGUUCUAUGUGCUCUGAUCAUCGGCGCCUGGUCUUCGUUCACCAUUUAUCCAUUCGUUCUCCUCUCCUGCCUCGCCUUCCGAUCCAAUGGCUCCGCAGUGAAACUUUGUCUGCUUGCUAUCAUUUCCCUCUUCACUGCUGCUCUAUUCUUCGGAAUUAACGCCGUGCUCAACGGAAACAAUCUCGAUUUUGUGAAUUCCGCGUAUUUGUCCAUGUACGUUUGAUUUUUCUCUUGUUUUUCUUCAUCAAUUCAUCCAAUUUUCCAGUCUGAAUUUCUCGAGCAUUCAACCCAAUGUCGGUCUCUACUGGUACUUCUUCGUGCAGAUUUUCGAGCACUUCCGCUCGUUCUACACCCUCUCCUUCGUCUCCCUCUUCUUCUUCAUGCCCAUCCCGAUCACCUUCUUGAUUCGUCGCGACGCCGUCCUCCAUUUCACGAUCGUCGGCCUUCUGGUCUCUGUUUUCUUCCCGUAUCCAACUCUCAAUCAAGUUUCCGUUCUGCUCGCAAUUCUCCCGUUACACGAUGCGUACAAAAAACGUAAGUCUUGAGAAUACACUCAGAAUGGCUUUUUAUUUUCGAUUUCAGAUUUCCGGUAUACAAUUCUGAUCGCCGGAACGCUCGUCUCCACAAUCGUUUUGAUGCCCGUCAUGUGGCACAUGUGGAUGGUCAGCUCCAGUGGAAACGCCAACUUCUUCUUCGGAGCCACCAUCGUCUACAACGUGGCAUUGAUAAAUUUGGUGAUGGACAUGAUAUUUGUGUACUCGCGACGACAAAUCGACCUGGAAUACGCGGAUACGGUUACGAAGAACACGAAAAUGGACUUUGCAUUUUAUUGA